GAAUGUUAGAAUCCUUGACUUUGAUGGCAACAGAUUGGGCAGGCCUGGUGUUGAUUGCUACUGCCAACAUGAAAGUGGUGCUGCAGUUCUGCAGCUGCAGUUCUUAAUCAAUGAGGGUGCUUUGGUCAGUGCAAGUGCAGAUGAUGCACUUCAUUUGUGGAAUCUCCGACAGAAGCGACCAGCUAUCCUACAUUCUCUGAAAUUCAACAGAGAAAGGAUUACUUAUUGUCAUCUGCCAUUCCAGAGUAAAUGGCUUUAUGUUGGAACAGAGAGGGGAAAUACACACAUUGUAAAUAUCGAGUCCUUCAUUCUUUCUGGAUAUGUUAUCAUGUGGAACAAGGCAAUAGAACUAUCCACAAAGACUCACCCUGGGCCUGUUGUACAUUUAAGUGACAGCCCAAGAGAUGAAGGAAAAUUAUUGAUAGGCUAUGAAAAUGGGACUGUAGUAUUCUGGGACUUACGAUCUAAAAGAGCUGAUCUGAGAGCUUAUUAUGAUGAGGCUAUUCAUUCUGUUGCUUGGCAUCAUGAAGGAAAACAGUUCAUGUGCAGUCACUCUGAUGGCAGCUUGACCCUAUGGAAUCUGAAAAGUCCUAACAGACCAUUCCAGACCACAAUUCCACAUGGAAAAAUUCAAAGAGAUGGAAAAAAACCUGAAUCUUGUAAACCAAUUCUUAAAGUAGAGUACAAGACUUGUAAAAACAGUGAACCAUUUGUGAUAUUUUCUGGUGGACUGUCAUAUGAUAAGGCUUGUCGAAGACCAAGUUUAACAAUCAUGCAUGGGAAAGCAAUUACAGUUCUAGAAAUGGAUCACCCUAUAGUUGAUUUUUUAACUCUUUGUGAAACCCCAUAUCCAAAUGAAUUUCAAGAACCCUAUGCUGUAGUUGUGCUUUUGGAAAAAGAUCUCAUUGUUGUUGACCUGACACAAAGCAAUUUUCCAAUCUUUGAAAAUCCAUACCCUAUUGACAUUCAUGAGUCACCUGUUACCUGCACAGAAUAUUUUGCGGACUGCCCUCCAGAUUUGAUUCCUGUACUCUAUUCUGUAGGAGCAAAACAUAAAAAGCAAGGAUACAGCAAUAAGGAGUGGCCUAUCAGUGGCGGAGCAUGGAACCUUGGAGCUCAGACAUAUCCUGAAAUCAUUAUUACAGGCCAUGCAGAUGGAUCAGUAAAGUUUUGGGAUGCUUCUGCCAUUACUCUCCAGAUGUUGUAUAAAUUAAAAACAUCAAAGGUCUUUGAAAAACAGAAAGUGGGAGAAGGAAAAGCAACAGCUGAGAUUGUGGAAGAAGACCCUUUUGCUGUUCAAAUGAUGUACUGGUGUCCUGAAAGCCGAAUUUUCUGUGUGGCGGGAGUUUCUGCAUAUGUGGUUGUUUACAGGUUCAGCAAACAUGAAGUAAACACUGAAAUUGCAUCAUUAGAGGUACGACUUCAGUAUGAAGUAGAAGAUAUCAUUACUCCUGAACCGGAAAUAAUUCCUCCAUUUCCAGAUGCCUCCUCCCAGCUUCCUUCUUUAAAGAGCCUUUCUGGCAGUACCAACACGGUAGCAUGUGAAGGAACGAUGAAGGAUAGUAUCCCGUGUCUUAGCGUUAAGACUCGACCUGUGCGAAUGCCUCCUGGAUACCAAGCAGAUCUUGUUAUUCAGUUGGUGUGGGUGGACGGUGAGCCACCACAGCAAAUUACCAGUCUUGCUGUAAACUCUGCUUAUGGACUAGUGGCGUUUGGAAACUGCAAUGGUUUGGCUGUUGUGGACUUUAUGCAGAAGACAGUACUCCUGAGCAUGGGAACCCUUGACCUCUAUGGAUCAAGCGACCCCUACCAGCGUCAGCCCCGUUCACCUCGCAAAAGCAGGCAGUUUGCUGCAGACAACUUUUGCAUGCGUGGCCUGUCUAACUUUUAUCCAGAUUUAACGAAACGGAUCCGUACUUCCUAUCAGAGCCUGACAGAACUCAGUGACAGUCCAGUUUCCCUGGAGCUAGAGCGUUGCAAGUCUCCCACUUCAGAUCAUGUGAAUGGUCAUUGUACCAGUCCAACCUCCCAGAGCUGCAGUUCAGGAAAACGACUUUCCAGCGCAGACGUCUCAAAAGCAAACCGCCGAGGGCCUGGGAGGCCCCCCUUCAGAAAAGCACAGUCUGCAGCCUGCAUGGAGAUUUCUCUCCCAGUCACCACAGAAGUUAUUGAUGAUGAUCAUGGCAUAACCCUUUCAUCUACCUCUCUUAUGCGCCACACAAAUAUG